ACCCUGCGGACGUGCUCGCCGUCGAGCUCUGCGGAUUCUCGCCGCCUUCCGUCUAUCGGUCCAUGAGUGAAAUGAAGAAGAAGAAGUGGAAACUUAAAUCACCUUCAGAAAAAACUCUUACUGAGUCUUGCAGUAGUGUGACGCAGCCAAGUUCUGAACCGCGGACUCUUCGCCAGAUACCGAAACUGUUCAACACUUUGCGACUGCGAAGGAGCUGGUCGCGGCGGAGGAGCACGGCCAGCGAGGACGUAGGCAGCCGCGAAAACAGCCCGGACGUUUGUCACAAGGACAUAUUCGCUAGCGGGAGGUACAUGGGCAUACCUAUUUUGGAGUCUACGAUGCUUCCAAAGCGUGACGUAUGGCACUGCCUGCAACAAGGCAACGUGGCGUUACACAGGGUUUGUGUCGGACAUACGUUCGUCACUAUUAAAACUCGCAGCGAUGGGCAUAACAGCGAAACUGCGCUGCGAGAGGUAGAUAUCUUAACAGAAAUUCGUCACACUAACAUCCUUUUACUUAUGGGUCUACUACAUAUGGAAGGAUAUCAUGUUGUAAUGGUGUUUGAAGACGUGUUGGACUCACUGUAUAAUUUAAUUCACGAAAAGAAAGUCAUUUUCACACCAGUGCAGAAGAAGAGUUUCAUGAUUCAGUUAUGUGAAGUUAUGAUAUUUCUUCAUGAUAAUGGAUGGCUACACACAGCAAUUUCAUCACAUAAUACACUUGUGACUAAAAAUUACAUUCUUAAGCUUUCUGGAUUUGAAUACUCACAAAAUAUUUACAAGAAGUACAACUUCACGGAGACAGAAGCUGCUCAACGCAUGGAAAGAUAUCACUGGUUGGCUCCAGAGCAGCUGUUGAAUUCUGCUGGCUGCUGCAAGGCUAGUGAUGUGUUCAGUACAGGUAUAUUCUUCUGGGAACUACAUACAGGGGAAAUCCCAUGGUCAAAUAUGUCUGCCAAAGAACUAACAAAGCAGUACUUGGAUGGAACCUCUAGUUGCUUAUGGGAAAAAUCUAAUAUUCCAUCUGCUUUGAAGAAUAUCCUUGUGGGUUGCUUGCAGCCCAAAGUUCAAAUGAGAAAAACUAGUUUCAUUAAUAUACUGGAAAAUGUCUCUCGAAUACAAGCAACAAACAGGCAAGAAGAUAAACCAGUAACACAGAAUCAGUCAGAGACAACUGUGAAGAGAGUUCGUGUUUCCGUGAAGCCCUUACCAUACAGGUCACCUCCAGCAGAAAUACAUGCUAAUUUGGUUGAUAAUACUGCAACAAAAAGGCAAUUUGAACAAUCCAGCCAUGACAAGCAGACCCUAAAAUUAAGAAGUCAGAGACUGAAAAAUCAAUCACAUAAUUAUGAAAAUAAAUUGAAUACUGGUUCAUCAAAUCAUAUGGGCCAGAAUAGUAAGACUUACACUGUAUCACAAAACCUAAAAGCACCAGAUAAAGAAAAUACAUAUUUAAAUUUGAAAAGGAAAGAUGUCAGUGCAGACAAAAUAGCUAAAUGUAACUUGCUAUCCAAAAAGAAAGUUAAUGAUUUCAGUCAUCAGGACAAAACAAAUGUAAAGAUAGGAGCUGGCAUACAAAAUUUACUUUAUACAGUUGAGGAGCUGAAGAAGGUUAAUAAUAAAGCUGUUGGUUCUGAAAAUUCAGUAAACUUAAAGUCUGCAAAUAAUUUGGACAAAACAACUAAUGUUGUACAUCAGGAAAGACUAGGUUUAUUAACAUUUUCGGAGCUACCUGGUUAUCUGACUACUCGGAUGGAGGAAAAUGCCAGUACAUCAGUUUUACACACUGGGGGCAUUAUAUCAAAGGACAGUAAAAGAGAUGUGGACCAGGAAGAUACCAGCAACAGUUUUGUGGAAGACUUGAAAUGGAACAAUAAACUAAAAUCUCUACAGAUGACUUUAAAAACACAUGAUGAGGAUAACUUCACAUCAAACAGUUCUGCUGCAAAAUCAGAAGUCCAUAGAAGACCCUUGAGCAGGAUUAAACUAUUGGCAUUUGCUAUUGAUAUUUUUGUAAAAAAGUGGGAAUAUGAAGGCAAACCUAUGAAAGAUGCAAUGCAUUAUUCACCUGAGUUCUGUAUUUACAACAGAAUUGUAAGAGCCAUGAAGAGAGUUUCAGAGUGCUAUCCACAUCUCUUUGGUAUUACAAACUUUCAUGAUCACAGCAGACAGAGCAACUUAAAUAACACUAAUGCGCUUUCCUUGAACCAAAAAGAAAUAUGGCUUCCAAAGCCUACCAAUGGAAUUCGUUCAUCAAUUGCACUGUGCAAGCAAAUUCAUACUAAACAAGAAAAUAAAGAAAUGGAAUUUACACAUUUAAAUGAUGAAGAAAGUGUGAAGAAACUGCCAAAAUUAUUUACACCUGUUUCUUCAAAAAAUCAAGAGGUUAUUAGAAGAAAGGCUUCUAAUCAACCUGUCAUUGUAAUUUCAAACUCUAAUACAAAGGAUCAAGCAUUAAAAAGAGAAGAUAAUUGUUUAAUGCAAGUUGAUGCUCAAAAAUCUAUGGAAUUUCCAACUGAAUUAAACAUACUUAAACUGCAAGGGAACAUUGGUCCACAAUUGACAAGCUUGAUUUACUGUUCACUGGAAAACCCAAUAACUGAAAUUGUGACCCAAAAUAACAACGAAAAUGUCAAAGUUCCUAGGGAAGCAGUACCAACUGAAGAUUUGUAUUUUGAUGAUGAUUUUGGAACCAGACUGGACCCUCACAUGGAAUUACUUGUGCUUCAAACAAGUAGUACACAAAUGUACAAUGAUCAGUAACAAUGAGAGAGUAAUUCCUUUGAUAAUAAUACUACAUGACUAGAGACCAUGUAGGCAGUAUAAUUUCAAACUUUAAAAUUAUUUCAACAGCUCUAUGUCAAGCGAUAUAGUAACAUCUCAGUCAAAUACAAAAGAGGACAUCAGUUCUUCAUUGUAAUGCACAGUAUUAUAUUGCUUCAUAUAAUACAUAUGUUAUAUGAAUGUUCUCUUUUUAGAGUAAAGGUACUUGCAUCUGGCUUAUCAAUGUUAUGGACAGCUAUAAAUGCUGCAAAAAAAUCUCAACCAU